AUGGUGCGUGCUUAUCUGCGAUACGAGCCCCGUUCUGUGGCCGGUGUGGUGGCAAGUCCGGAGGCCAAUUGCGUAGAGGUGGGCGAGGGCCUUGUGGCCGUCGGCGGUCUCGAGCGGGUGCUGCUGUGGGACCUCCGGACGGCGAGCCUGCGGGCGGCCCUUCCGCCGUACCCGCAACCGGGGGAUGCCGAGAGCGAGUUCCUGCCCGACCCCGACCUCGUGGCCCCCAAGCACGCCCACGUCACCUUCCUCGCACGCUUCCAGUCCCGCCUCGCCGCCGGGUACAGCGACGGUGUGGUGCGGGUAUGGGACGUGGUGACUGGAGCGUGCGUGGUCACGCUCAACGGACACAAGGGUGCAAUCACCGCGCUCUGCUUCGAUGCCGAGGGCGGCCUGCUUGCAUCGGGCUCGCACGACACGGACGUCAUCGUGUGGGACCUCGCCGCCGAAACCGGCCUCUUCCGUCUCCGCGGGCACAAGGGCAACAUCACCGGGCUGUGCUUCUUGCGGAACCGCCACGCCCUGGUGUCGUCGUCCAAGGACAUGCUCGUCAAGGUGUGGGACCUCGACACGCAGCACUGCAUACAGACGGUGGUCGGACACCGCUCCGAGGUGUGGAGCAUUGCCGUCAACCACGACGAGACCCGCCUCAUCACGGGCUCGGCAGCCCCCAACCUGCGCAUCUACCGGAUCACCGCCGCCGCCGCCGUGCAAGGGGCCAACAAGAGCUCCGGCGAGAACAGCGACGAGAGCGAAGAGGAGGUGUUGAAGUUUUUCGGGGAGAUCACGCGGCAGGGCAAGGAGCGCGUGGUGCAGCUCUCGUUUUCGUCCGACGCCACGCUGUUCGGAUGCCUGGGGGCCGACAAGACCCUCGAGCUGUUCCGCGUCCACCCCGCCGACGAAGUUCGCCACCGCCAGAAGAAGCGCGUCAAGCGCACCCUCGCCAAGAAGCAGCAGCAGCAGCAGCAGCAGCAGCAGCAGGACGCCGCCGCCGCCGCCGAUGCUCCCGAGGCCGAAGUGAGCGCCACGCUGCCCACCGACGAGUUCUCGGCCCUCCCCGUGCUGCGCGCCUCGCACAAGAUUCGUUCGUUCGACCUCGGCGAUGCCUCGCGGCACCAGGUGGUGCUGGGGCUGCACAACAACGCGCUGGAGCUGUGGGACAUCCCGGCCGCCCUGCUGCAGAGCAAGGCCGACAAGGCCCAGGAGGCCAGUGCGGCGGCCAAGAAGCAGGGCGCCGGCAAGAAGGCCGCGGUGGCGGUCAUCAGCGAAAAGGCGGCCCUCCUCAAGGAGGAGAAGGACUCGGUGGCGGGGGCCUACCGGCGCGUGUCGACCAUCGAACUGGCCGGCCACCGCUCCGACAUCCGCUCCGUCAACUUCUCCAGCGAUGACUCCCUCCUCAUGUCCACCUCCAGCGACAUGGUGAAGGUGUGGAACUUCCGGUCGAUGCAGUGCAUCCGCACCAUCCCGUCGGGCUACGGCCUGUGCGGCGUGUUCGUGCCCGGCAACCGCCACAUCGUCAUCGGGACCAAGGAGGGCCACCUGGAGCUCUACGGCCUCUCGUCGUCGUCGUGCCUCCAGAGCAUCGUCGCCCACAGCGGACCCGUCUGGUCCAUCGCCAUCCGGCCCGAUCUGCGCGGGUUGGUGUCAGUGUCAGCGGAUCACGAGGUCAAGUUCUGGGACUUUGAGCUGGUGGAGGAUGCCUCCUUCUCCAAGACCACCAAGCGGCUGGGCCUCACGCACCAGCAGACCCUCCGCAUGUCCGAUUCUGUCCUGGCUCUCAAGUUCAGCAAGGACGGCAAGUUCCUAGCGGUGGCGCUGCUGGACAACACGGUGAAGGUAUUCUUUGCGGACACGCUCAAGUUCUUCCUGUCCCUGUACGGGCACAAGCUGCCGGUGAUGUCCCUCGACAUCUCCUCCGACUCGACCAUGCUCAUCUCCGGCUCGGCCGACAAGAACGUCAAGAUCUGGGGACUCGACUUUGGCGACUGCCACAAGUCCCUCCUGGCCCACGAGGACUCGGUCAUGUCUGUGCAAUUCGUGCCCAACACGCACUACUUCUUCUCGUGCGGCAAGGACAAGACCGUCAAGUAUUGGGACGCCGACAAAUUCGAGCACAUCUUCACCCUCGACGCCCACCACGCCGAGGUGUGGACCCUCGCCCUCUCCUCGCAGGGGCACUUCCUGGCGACGGGUUCCCACGAUCGUUCGCUGCGAGUAUGGGAGCAGACGGACGAGCAGGUGUUCCUCGACGAGGAAAAGGACAAGCAGAUGGAGGCCAUCUUCGAACAAUCUCUCGAGAAUCCCCUCGAACGUGGCAAGGCCGACGAGUCGGAGUCGGGUUCGGCGGGCAAGCGCACGAUCGGGACCAUCAAGGCGGGAGAGCGGCUGGCCGAAGCCAUCGAGCUCGCCGAGGCGGAGAAGGCCAAGCUGGCCCACUACCGCGCCGAACUCCUCGAAGCCGAAAAGGUCAUCAGCCCCGAGGAGCACGCCAAGCGGACGGCGGGUGGCAAGCCCCUGAUCGCGCCGCCGCCGCCGGACAUCCACCUGCUGGGCAUGUCGCCCUCGGCGUACGUGCUCAAGACCCUCAAGGACAUCCGCCCGAGCGAGCUCGACGAGGCCCUCCUCAUCCUGCCCUUCUCCAUUGUCGUCACCUUCUUCCACUACCUCGAGAGCUGGGCACGGGAGGGUAAGGAGGUGGAUCUGGUGGCACGGUGUCUGUUCUACAUGCUGCGCAUCUACCAGGCCCAGAUCGGCGUGACCAAGGACCUACGCCCCGUGCUCCUCUCCCUCCAGAAGCACGUCCGCGCCGCCCUCCAGACCCACAAGGACGUGGUGGGGUUCAACAAGGCCGCCAUGGCCUACCUGCGAUCCAACAUCGAGCUGUCGUCGUCGGCGUCCUUCUUUGCCGACGCGCCGCUCAAGCUCGCCCAGAUCCGCCAGCAGGGCACCAAGCGAAAGCACGCGGCCACCAAGAAGAACAAGAAGCGCACAAGCGCUGCCGACGCCGCCGCAGCCGCCAACAUCAUCGAGUAG